AUGACGGCGAAUCCCGAGAAAUCCCCACCACUCGAGGGGGCAGCAGAGAUGCCCGCAGAAGGAGAGCAUCAAACAGCCCCACCGAGGGUUUCCAGACGAUGGCAAAGGUCGUGGUUCCGUCUUGGCCCUCUGUCUGGACUCUUCAGUAUCACACUCGCCGCUGCCGCCCUGGUAGCUUCGCUGGGCAUCCUAGCUGGCUCAGACGGAGAAUCAGUGGAGAGCUGGCACAUUCCUCCGUCCACCUACCUCGCCAUUUUCACGGCCAUUGCCAAUCUGUGCGUGCGAUAUGCCGCUACGCAGGGUGUUAUCAUCUCCUGGUGGAGAAGGGCGUCGGCCGGCACCACGCUUGCCGACCUCCACUCUUCCUGGCGCAUAGGAAACAUGAUCCGCGGAGCAGUUGCUGCUGGUCCGCGCAUGGGCCUGCUGGGGCUCGCUUGUAUUGCCUCUACUCUGGUCUUCAUUGAUGGGCCCCUGCUCCAACGUGCGUCGACUGUCAAUACCGUUGAUAACCCAGGCCACGUAUCUCUACAAAUUUCGAUGGCGCCCAGAAUUCCUCACGGCUUCUCUGGAAUCUGGUCCACGCCGGCGAUAUUCAGUACACCUGGCGCCCGUGCUGCAGUGGCCUUCAACAGUACCGUACCGACAGGGGACGGCGGUCACGCUUCGAACUACAUCCUGUCGGCCGCCAUCGAUACUCUAGACCGGUUUUCAAGCGCAUGGUGGACCGAUAGCCCCCUGGUUGGAGCGGUCCGUGGCUGUCCUGGCACAUGUACGGCCACGAUUCAAGGACCAGCGCUAUUUGCCACCGCCUGCAAGACACAUGAGGUGGUUGUCAACGCGCGGAUGCCUUAUAAUUACACAGCUGUGUACGAUGAUGACAUUGGUGCCCCACUGGAGGUAGAAGGCCUCAUCAUUGCCCCAACUCUCAUCUUCGAGCAAGGGUUUGAGAAGAUCAACGUCGUCAACGGACACGGCACAUUCGACGAAAAUUGCCAUGGACAGCUCUCAUAUACAGCCUGCACAUACACCUCAUCGAUCGGACAAUAUGACGUUGAGAUCGAGGCCGACGAGAUCAUCAUGACGACUUUGCACCCCCCAACAUUGGUCAGUUUUGCGAACAACACUGCAAUAAACUCCACGUUUUUGGAAGAUCUCAAUGGCUAUCCUUCAACGCUCGGGGGCAUAGCCGAGCUCGGCAGUGAAAAUUGGCAGUCGUACGCGGCGCUCUACACUCUCAACGACUCGCAGCCUGUGAGCAUCGUCGUGGGGACCUUAGGCCCAACCGAGUUCGCUGUCCCAGGCGGCAAUCCCGCUUGCCCCAGUUAUCUUAACCCCCGGAGUGCAGUCGAGGCGAGUAUGAACAAACUAAUGCUGUACAUCGGAGCGGGGGUGGCGAGUGAGAGGAAAAGUGACCAAGCCACUCAAGUGGACGCUGGUGAUUCGACGGAGAGCACGGUAGUUGGAAAACUGCAAGGGCAGAUCAGCGUUUACUCCACCAAUUACUGGUACUUUUUCGGCGCUGCACUGGUUGACGUGGUGUGUCUCGCGGUACUGCUGCCAAUGUAUUGGGCCUGGUGGAGGAUCGGGAGGCCAGUGUCCUUCUCUCCUCUGGAACUCGCGAAGGCCUUCAAGUCGCCCCUGCUCGCGGACCUGCACUCCAAUUCCAGCGGCAGGGAGCUGGCUGCACAGGCGGGCACAAGUGGCGUCCGGUACGGCGUUGUCACUACAGCCAACGGCACCGAACUUGGCUUUGGAGACACUGAUGCUAUUUUGCCGCCUCCAAAGGAUGGUAUAUCCGUCGACCUCUGA